ACUGAAAGAGUGGUUAAGGGUUUAAUUUAGUUGAUGAUGAUGAUAACCAGAGAAUUGUAACUUGUGUAAGGAAUUUAAUCUUUGGUUUUUGGAUUGCUAACCCUGUGAAGAAGAAAAGAAAAAAAAAAUGCCAUCUGAUAAUCACUGUCGAAGUUGUCUGGCUUUCCUCCUCAAAUUCUUGAAUUUUCUUCAAACCUUCGUGGGAGUUUCGAUCAUAAUCUAUUCCAUAUGGAUGCUCAAUCAAUGGAAAAAGCACGAUACGAUUCCUCAACCUUCAGCUCCGUCUCCAGAAUCUUCACUGCGUUAUAUGCCCUAUUCUGACGUUUUUAGGGUUACUGGGCACGAUGUUCCUUUGAAUCUUGCGGUAAAUAUGGUUUCUGGCCUUGAAGAUGGAAUUGUAUUCGUCCCCAAAACCCUUCCAUCUCCGUGGUUCAUAUACUCUUUUCUGGGCAUUGGCAUUAUAUUAUGUUCGAUUACUUGUAUUGGUCUCCUUGCAGCUGAAGCAGUAAAUGGAUGUUGCCUGUGUUUUUAUACUCUAUUGACUACUAUACUCAUGAUACUAGAAGCAGCUUUUGUUGCUUUUGUUUCUGUUGAUCAUCAUUGGGAAAAGGAUCUUCCAAGUGAUCCUACUGGGGAUCUUGCAAGUCUUCAAGUAUUUAUUGAAGAAAACUUUGAUAUAUGCAAGUGGCUUGGCAUAACUGUAGUUAUAAUUCAGGCUCUGUCCCUUCUAUUGUCCAUGAUCCUACGGGCUAUGGUCUCUACUAGGAGAGGAGAGGAUGACAGCAGUGAUGAUGAUUACUCUAUUGUUAGGGGUAGAACUUGGCAGCCACUACUAAAUCCACAUUCAAUCCCGGCUGCUGGUUCAAGUUUGGCAGAUGGCAAAACGGUUCACUCUGACAUUUGGAGCUCCCGAAUGAGAGAAAAGUAUGGAUUGAACUCAGGGGAUGUUAAAUAUAAUUCGUUGGAUCAGAAUCUUAAUGCAAAUACAAAUACAGGCAGUGAAGAUAGAGGCGGAUGUUCCAUUUUGUAACAUGAAAAUUAGCUCCGAAGCGCCUUGUGAGCUUUUGUCAGUAUGCAACUCUGACUACAUUCUAAUUCUUUAUUCUUAGUUUCAUGUUAGAAGAAACUUUGAAUGCAUAUAGUAACAUAGGUAUGAUUAGAAUGUCUGAUUGCUCUAUCACAUUGGUGUUUGGGUAGUAAACUGUCUUCGAUUUCCAUGU